GCAGACCUACACACAGAAUGGCACGUAUAUAUGUACCAGCUCUGGUCCUCUACGGCUUCUGUUUGACCCCUGUCAUCUUGUUCUCUCCGCCACCAUCAAUGGUGAUCCAUCCUGGGGAUAAUGUCACCCUGCAGUGCACUAAUGUCCUUAAAGUCCCAGGGCACGUUGCCUGGUUCAAACAAGUCAACGUCUCAGAGCCUCUGUGCAUCGCGUCGAUGUACAGCUCUCAGCCGUAUGUCAAGCAUCACAAUGGUUUUCAGCCCAGCCUUAUGGAAAUGUUCAUCAGCAAUAGAAUAAUCUUCCUCAAAAUCACAGAGGUGGAUGUAGCUGAUUCUGGUCUGUACUGCUGUGGAAUGUUUGAUAAAUACUUCAUCUUCACCAACAUGACUUUCCUGAUGGUUAAAGGUUACAAGGAUUCUGACAAAGAGCCAGAGCAAUGUCCUGAAGGACAGGGUGAUGAUGGAACCAUGUACCUCCUUCCCCUGGUUGUGAUCCUGGCUGUUGUGACUGCUGUGACUGCUGUUCUACUGAUAGUCGUCCUCCUCCUGGUCCUCAAGAUCAGACGAGACACAAACAGACACAACACAGGACCUGAUUCUCGAAGACAACCACAAAAUGAUCAGAACCAAGAUCCAGAUGCAUUGAAUUAUGCUGCCCUGAAUUUCACCUCCAAGAAGAGGAAGAUGGAGAGGAGAAGAGAGAAGGAGCUGGACUAA